GCCUGUGAUUCGAAAACUCUAUGGAGUGAGAUUAAGAUUCGUUGGUGUCUGUCCAUGGACAGAUGAUCCCAGUGGUCCUGGUUUGAGAUGGGAGUGUGCCACAGCAAGAAAGUUGUAAUCCCAGACUUUGAAACCUCAGCGAGAUGCAGGUCAACGUGUAGUUCGAUGUUUGGAAGGUAUCCGUCAGAUAUACGACCACAAAACAGAACAUGGGAAGACUCACCCGUCGGUAGACAGAAGGCUGCGUUUACUUUGGAACAACUGGAGAAUUUGGAGAUUUGCCUGAAGGAAGCAGAAGAAAAGGCUAAAGCACUAUUGGAACAGCUUCUAGCCUCUGAAGAAGCAAAGUCACAACUACUUAAGAAAGUUUCCUUGCUGGAAGAAAGGCUAGAGGUUGUGGACCAGAAGAGGAAUAGUGAACAGUUCUAUGAAAACAUGGUUCUUGAGAAAGACAAGUGCAUCAAGAAGCUACAGGCUGAGGUAAAAGCCUCCCAAGAGAAACUUACAGCCCAUAAACUAAAGCACAAAAUGACAGUGAAAAAGCUACAAACUGAUUUGGCAGUAGCUAAGCAAGAGGCCGCCAUUACUGUCCUGGAACUCAAUGAGAAGAUGAAGACUCUCUGUGAAGGAAGGCCUUUCCCUGGAGUGUCCAACUCAGUGGAAGUGCUCUGUGGCGGUCUCCCACCUGUGGAAGAAGGUGACAGGAAGAUUAGCCUGAUUAUGGAGCUGUCCACCCAGGUUUCCGUGCAAACUGAGAAGAUCACACAGCUCGAAGAAGUUUUAGAAGAAAAGGAACGGAAGAUUGAGGAACUGGUCGCUAAGCACAGUUACCGGCUGUCCCAAAAGGAAACAAACCUUAAAGAAGACUUAAAAGACCUCCCGGUUGAAUGUGAUGAUAGGAGCGUUCCUGUGGCCUCUAAUGAGUUGUAGAUUUCCCAUAUGGCAAUAAUUAAAGUUUAGUGUCAUCAA